AUGGCGACGUUUGGUUUCAGCGUCGGAGACUUCUUGGCUGGCGCCGAGCUUGCUAUUAAGUUGAUCAAAGCUCUUUCGGACUCAUCAGGCGCUGGGCGAGAGUGUCGCGAGCUUAUGGCAGAACUGAACGUAAUUCAUAAGGUCCUGCUGCAAGUCGAUCAACUAAGCACGUCGAACAAGCUGGGAAAACCGACAAUGAACGCAAUCGCCUUCGCCACUAGAAACGUCAAUCAAAAGAUGACAUCCUUCUUGGAGGAGGGAGAGCGUUACCAUCAAAGUCUGAAGCUUGGGGGCUCUGGGAAUGCUGUCAAGGAUACUCUCAACAAAGGAAGGUGGGCGAUUUGCAUGCCAGAAAAGAUGCGUAACCCUUAG